AUGGACGUGCUUGUGUUGGUGUCGAGUGGGAAUGGCCAAAUGAGUCUGUUGGACAUUAUGUGCAGUUGGGUAUGUUACAAGUACUGGCACCUGGGUAAGCCGGUCACGUACAGCGCGUCGGCGCCGCAAGCCAACGCGCACGCGGGACAGCACCACAAGCACUUCGUCCCCAGUCGGUCGAUUGCAGCAGCCCUGAGCCGCACGCUGCACAUGGAGUCUUCCACCUCACGGAGGACACGAUGCCCAAGCAGCCAGGCGAGGUGUGGAUCUGCCGGUCCGCACACCACCACAACGCGGUGGACUUGUUGUCACAAGUGGCCGCUGCUGCGACCGUGGGCAAGAUCGUCACGACAUCGUUCGUUGAUGAAACACGGGAGACGAAGCCAACUUGGUGAUCCGGAAGACGUCAACAAGCAUGGCGUGCGCGCCAUGUCUGACAUCGCCGACGUCGUCAUAUCGUCCAAGGGCGAGAUCCUCGCGUGGGAUGGGUUCGCCCAGCAGGUCAGGCAGAAAACGCUCAAGCUGGGGGAGUUUGUUGCGCGACAACAUGAGGACCACCCCCGAGAACAUCCCGAAGUCGCCAAUGCUGGAGUCAGCCGUCACGACGAACUCCAAGCUCAUAAGUCUGGCGCGGACUCUCAUUUCUGCAUUGAACCGUUUGGGACAGUUCGGGCACAAGACGAGCAAUUAUGCGGCCAUAAGCACUUGGACAAGAACAUCCACGGCAUUGCCGAGGAGGUGGCUGUGGGUGACCUAGACGGAACGCUGCCACCCGCGAUCAACAAGACGACUGCAGCGUCCUCGGCAAACAAAGCAGGAACGGGGCUGCAACUUCAGCGUCCUCGGCAAACGCCGUCGGGCUGCACUGUCAUCCGGAGGCGACUUACCCCACGAGGACAUGGCUUUGCAGGGACAGGUUGGGAUGCUCAGACAGAUCGCAAACACGCCUUGGGGAACGAACGAGCAGGCUUUGUGGCGAGUAAACACUCAAAACAGCCCCAGCCCCAACGACAACCCGACCGACAAUACGUCCGACAUCGCAAUGUGGAUUGGACCCAGGUAUGUGUAGUCGGCGGCGCAGGCUGGCCGCGGAAGGCGGAUAUGCGACGCAGCAGCGGCGACAAGAGGAUCGUGCCCACGACGCUGCUCGAGCCAAAGCAAAAGAGCACGGUCAUCUCGUUCACGCACAACAGUAGCAAGAGGAAACCCGACCUGAACACGAGGACCGCCGCCGCAUCUCCAGCGCUGGGUUCUCCAUCUGCUCCUGGCGCGGCCAGACUACGACGUGGCGUGGUGGCGCUUGGGUUGUUUAACGUGGCGCCAGUGUGGUCACGCAACGGAGGAAGACCUGAGCGUGGAAGCAUCCGAUACGAACGAACGACGGGGAUGGAUGGUCACUUGGUUGGCAUUCACGGCGUACCCCAAGUAGUCGGCGACGUCCCACAUGCCGCCGCCUUUUCCGUGAAUGUGCAAUUGCCCCCCUCGACGACCAGAACGAAGCGAGAGAUGGUGAGCGAACACUACUACGGCAAGCAGGACGACUCGGAGGCGCCGUCCUCAUACUACUCUCCAACGACAAUGGAGCCAAGUGCGUCAAGGAGGAGAUAUCCGAUCCUGCUGCGGCUGCCGAAACUCACCAGCUGGCUCGGCGGGGAAGCCAUGCUCGGCCUCGGAUAUAUCGUUCUCCCCGAGCUCCUCGUCGUCAUCCUUCGCUCCGGCUCGUUUGACGGGCGCGUCGGGUAUGUCGUGUGGCUGCUGCUGGCCAACGUGGGCUUGAUCCUCAUGCGAUCGGGCCAGCCGGCGCUCUUGUACUUGCCGACUGCUGAGAAAGCUGUGGACCGAAUAACCAACUUGCAGAGGUGGAGCGCCCCUGGAGACUGCUAUGCCGUGCCGUAUGCAAUUCCCAUGACGCCGGAAAUGAGCGAGGAAGACGUCGUGACGACGCCGAGUGCACGCCCCACAAACAACCCGACAAGCCGGGUCUCUCUGUUUUCGGUACCCCCCCUACUCAGCCCCACCCGCACCAGGACAAGCGACACCGUGACGGCGCAUCCCCCAGGACCCCCCGACGACGUCGUCACACCAUCCGUGGGGCGACCAGGGCGAAGGGACAAGUGCAUUUUGGACAUGGGCGAGAAGAUUUACAUUUGGCUCGACUCGAACGACGACAACGACGAGCCGCUGCCAAUGUGGGUCAUCGCCGCCUCCGACACGGCCAAGGGUCACACGGACGACAUCUUGAGCGUCGUGUACAUCCCGCCGGCGACUCUGGCCACGUCUGGCUUGGACAACAAGAUUCCACUGGAGCACCUGUCUGGGGAAAUCCUUCGCGCCGGCUCGUUUGACGGGCGCGUCGGGUAUGUCGUGUGGCAGCUGCUGGCCAACGUGGGCUUGAUCCUCAUGCGAUCGGGCCAGCCGGCGCUCUUGUACUUGGUCCCGUGGGGCGUGAUGGUGGUGGCCAAGUGA